AUCAUAUGCAUGACUUAUACUUAUACAUACCUUAUAGUGGCUUAUAGUAUUACAGUGUUGGGUGUUGUCUUUCGUUUUAAUUAAUGUUUGCCCAAAUAAAAAAGUAAAAAUGCAGUGCAAAAUCUGUGAACACGUAUUCUUAAUAAUUUUCAGUUUAUCCUGGCUUCACAUAUACGGUCAAAAUCUUAACAAUACUGUUACAUGGUGUACAAUAUCUGAAGCUGAACAGGAUAAGUGCAAUGCAUUUUCUAGAGCAGUAGAUCGUGAGAUCGCAUUUUUCGAAUACAGCUACAUUUCGGUGCAAUGCAAACAAGCAUCGAACAGAGAGGGUUGUAUGGCUAUGUUGGAUCAAGAAAAAGCACAGAUAACCACUUUAGAUGCAGGCGAAAUUUUUAUAGCUGGAAGAUAUCAUAGUUUAAUACCGAUAAUGCAAGAGAUAUAUGAAAAUAGUCUUAAUUAUCAAUAUGCAGUUGCUGUUAUAAAAAAAGGGUCGUUGUUAGAUGUCCAGAGUUUAAAUGAUUUGAGGGGAAAGAAAGCUUGUUUUGCUGGCCUUGGAAUGCUUGCUGGAUGGAUUAUUCCUAUAUAUACACUCAUGAAGCAAGGUGGAUUAGAAAUCAUCGAUUGCAAUAAUCAUGUGAAAUCUGCUAUCAAAUACUUUGGACCUAGCUGUGCUGUUAAUUCAUUGAUUGAUAAAUAUAAUCCACUAGGUGAUAAUUCUGACCAGUUGUGCAAGCUGUGCAUUGGAAAAAUACCUGGAGGACGGUGUACAACAGCGGAUCCUUACGCAGGGUACGAAGGAGCAUUUAGAUGUUUGGUUGAAGCAGGAGAAAUUGCUUUCUUGGUCCAUACAACUGUAGAUGAAAUGACAUCGACAACUUUUGACUUUAAUUCUGUCAAGAAAGAGCAGUUUGAACUGCUUUGUCGGGAUGGUUCGCGUAAGUCUGUUGACGAAUAUAAACAUUGUAAUUGGGGUACUGUUCCAUCGCGCGUUGUAGUGACGUCAUCUGCAACAAAAAUUGAGACUCGCCGCUUGUAUCAGCGGUUUUUAGAAAAAGCAGUUCGAGUAUUGAAUAAGCAUAAUGCGAAAAAUUCGACCGAACCUUACGACGAUCGAUUCGAAAAUCGACCCGGUUUCAAUAACAGAUUUGGCGAAAACAAUUUUAAUAGAAGCGGAUACAUGAACCCAAAUGAAUAUAAUACAGAGAAUUUUGAAAAUCGCAACGCAUACGAUAGAAGUUAUAAUGGUAACGAAUUAAACCCGUGGGACAAGACCGAUUCAACGAAUAUACAACCAAUAGAGACUUUCAAUUUAUUUGAAUCUGCACCGAGAUAUGGAAUGCAUCACAACUUGAUCUUCUCUGAUUCUGCGCGUGACUUUGUCCAAUUGGCCGAGAAGGAUCAAACCUAUGGCGGAUAUUUAGGCAGUUCUCUGGAUUCCAUAUUAGGAGUUCGUCGUUGUCCUGUUAAUAGAAUGACUUUAUGCGUUACGUCGGACCCAGAAAUGGAGAAGUGUGUAAAAAUGAAGAUUGCAUUAAACGCACAACUAUUGAAGCCAGAGUUAAAUUGUCACAAAGGUCACAGUCAGAUUCAUUGUAUGCAGGCUAUACAAACCGGAAUUGCCGAUGUAGCGAUGUUAGAUACCAGCGACGUGUACACCGCUGGUUUACGCUUCGACUUGAUCCCCUUCAUAUCGGAAGUUUACAACCUACCUACGCCAGAAUAUUACGUAGUCGCGGUAGCGAAGGAAGAAGAUGAAGACACAGAUCUUACUUAUCUGAAAAAUAAGUAUACAUGUCACACGGGAAUUAAUACGGCCGCGGGUUGGGUGUAUCCUCUGGCGUAUCUCAUUUCCAAUACUUGGAUCAGAGGCUAUGGUUGUGACUCUGUUCGCGCAGCCGCAGAAUAUUUCAGUAAAUCUUGCGUACCGGGCGCGAUCAGUACGGAAUACAAUACAGGUGUGCCUUACGAUAAUAUGUGCGACCUGUGUCACGGCGCAAGUUUCCGUUAUUGCCGCAGAGACGCGUCCGAAGAUUACUUCGGAUACACGGGUGCCUUUAGAUGUUUAGUCGAGGGAGGAGGAGACGUGGCCUUUGUGAAACACACAACAGUCGCUGAGAAUACUGAUGGUAAACGGCGAGAAACCUGGGCACGUAAUACAUUCACGAAAGACUUCGAGCUACUUUGUCCGGAUGGGACUCGACGGCCGACUACCGAUUAUAUGCACUGCAAUCUGGGAAAAGUCGCGGCGAACGCGAUAGUUACCCGUGGCGGAUAUUACGGAUACAACGAAACGCAGAUAAACGCUUACAUAAAUCUGUUCAUUUAUGCCCAACAGUUUUAUGGCCGAAAGGAGCAGGAUGAAUUUAGCUUCAGCAUGUUCUAUAGCCAGCCACCUUACAGCGAUCUGAUUUUCCAAGAUGCCACGCAACAGUUAGUGGUAAUACCGGCAGAAAAACGGGAGUUCAGUGCGUAUUUAGGUCCAGAUUUUAUGAGAGCUAGAAGAAUAGUGGACUGCAACGCUGGUGCGUCGGCGAUAGAGGUUUCAGUAUUAGCCACGAUAGCUAUGAUUAUACUUACUUACAUGUUCAGUAGAUAAUCUUUUCUCAAUCAGAAAAUGUCUAUUAUUUGUACAUUUAUGAAAAAGGGAGAUAGAGUACCAAGAUGCUUAUAGCAUACUGUAGUUAUAUAAGUUAUAGUUUUAAUAUCUCCAUAUGAAAUGUGUUCACAAAUUGACAGACAGUUUGAUGAUUGAACGCGGUAAAGUAGUAUAUAGUUUUUUACGAAAAGUAGGAUCAAUUACUUGCGAAUUCUACACUUAGAUCUAAUCCGUCCAUUUUUACAAUGUUUACAUUAAUUAUAUGGUAAGUCUUUAUUGUACGUAACAAUUGUAUUUGUAUCUUAUGCCGUCCAUCGAUACUUCUUUAGAUGUCGAUUAAAAUGAAUUUAUAAAUUUUCAGAUCA